AAACUUUAGUCGGUGGUUCUGUGCUGAAGGAGCGCAGCCUCCACACACACACACACACACACACAGUCACACACACCAUGCAGCAGCAGCCGCGCAGAGUGUUUGGACUCCUACAUGUCGCCAUUUUCCUAUGGAUGGCUUUCUGCGUCGAGGACUCUCUGCAGGGGGAACACCAGAGGAAGCUUUAUAAGGAGCUUUUGACCAACUACAACCGGCUGGAGAGACCUGUAGCCAAUGACUCUGCGCCCCUAGUGGUGGAACUGGGACUUACACUGCUCCAGAUUAUAGACGUGGAUGAGAAAAAUCAAGUGCUAAUCACCAAUGCCUGGUUACAACUGGGCUGGACAGAUGUGUAUCUAAGCUGGAAUCCUGAGAAUUAUCCUGGUGUGAAUAACCUACGCUUCCCCUCCAAUCAGAUAUGGACACCAGACAUCCUGCUCUACAACAGUGCUGAUGAACGCUUUGAUGCUACUUUUCAUACUAAUGUCCUGGUCAAUGCUUCAGGAACAUGCCAGUAUAUACCACCAGGUAUUCUAAAGAGCACAUGUUAUAUAGAUGUGCGCUGGUUCCCCUUCGACGUGCAGAAAUGUGACCUGAAGUUCGGCUCCUGGACAUAUAAUGGCUGGCUGCUGGACCUGCAAAUGCAGGAAGUGGACAUUUCCACUUACAUCCCCAACGGCGAGUGGGAUCUAGUGGGUGUUCCGGGGAAGCGUAAUGAGCUUUACUACGAGUGCUGUAAGGAGCCCUACCCUGACGUGACAUUCACAGUGACCAUGCGCAGACGGACGCUGUACUACGGCCUCAAUCUGCUCAUCCCCUGUGUGCUAAUCUCCGGGUUAGCACUGCUGGUGUUUCUACUGCCUGCAGACUCUGGAGAGAAGAUCUCACUGGGGAUCACUGUUCUGCUCUCGCUGACCGUCUUCAUGCUGCUCGUGGCGGAGAUCAUGCCGGCCACUUCCGAUUCAGUUCCGCUCAUAGCCCAGUACUUUGCGAGUACGAUGAUGAUUGUGGGUUUGUCGGUGGUGGUCACAGUCCUGGUUCUGCAGUUCCACCAUCAUGAUCCACAAGGGGGAAAAAUGCCAAAGUGGGUGCGGGUGAUCCUACUAAACUGGUGUGCCUGGUUCUUGCGUAUGAAGAAGCCGGGCGAAGAGCGCAAGUCGGGCUAUAAGUACGCUCACCCACCGCUGCACCACGCCAGCGCCAGCAGCAUCCAGAUGAGCGCCGUGCCCGGCCAGGCACCCUCCUCCUCGGCCAGCUCGGCCACCAACGGCCACAUGAACCUCUACUUCGGCUAUCACUCGAUGGACAGCGCCUGCUGCCCUGCCAGCAGUGACUCGGGCGUGUCAUGUGGCGGGCGGCCGGCGGGGGGCUCUCCGGGUCAUGAGCAACAGCGGGCGGAGGUGGUGGCGGUGGCGGGCGAGAGGGAGAUCCAGCGCAUUCUGGCCGAGGUGCUGUACAUCUCGCAGCGUUUUCGAGCGCAGGACGAGGCCGAGGCCGUGUGCAGCGAGUGGAAAUUCGCCGCCGCUGUGGUGGACCGUCUCUGCCUCGUCACCUUCUCGCUCUUCUCCAUCAUCUGCACCUUCACCAUCCUCAUGUCGGCGCCCAACUUCAUCGAGGCCGUCUCCAAGGACUACACAUAAUCAGGUGGUCCUCGCUUUGCUAUUAUUAUUUGGUUUUUGUAGAUAUAUUAGAUGUGCUAGAGAAGAAAAACUAACCACCACCACCACAAGACUCUGGAUGAGAAGUGAGAUUCGUUGAGAGUCAUUGUGAUUUAGUGUGUGUGAAUCAGUGUGAAUGAGUGAGAGUCGGUGCGAUUCACUGAAUUCGUAUCAGUGUCAGCCACGUGAAUCAAUUCGAGACCGAGUGUGAAUGAGUGAAGUUCAGUGUAAAUCAGUGAGAUUCUGUGUGAGUUACAGUGAGUUGCUAUGAUUCAUUGAGGCUGUUUAGGUGUGAGUUGGUGUGAAUGUGAUUUUCAGUGUGAAUCGGUGAAAUUUGAUGUAAAUCGAUGCGAAUCAGUGUGAUUCACUGUGAGUCGCUGCCAUUCAUUGUGAUUUGGUGCAGGUGUGAGUCAGUGAGCUUCAGUGCGAAUCAGUGGGUUUCAACGUAAUUCUCUGAGUCACAGCGACUCACUGAGUCAGUUUAAGUGUGUGAGUUUCGGUGUAAAUCUCUGAAACUGGUGCAAUUCAGUAGGAAUCACUUGGACUUAUUGAGUCUGUUUAAGUGUGACUCAGUGUGAAUCAGUGAGAUUCAAUAUGAAUCAUCAAUAUCUGCAGUGAAAGAUUCAGUGUGUCAGGCCAAGUGUAAGUCAGCACGAUUUGAUGUGAAUCAGUAAGAUGUGGUACUGCGAGUUUCUGCGAUUCAUUGAGUCACUGUGAUUCAGUGUAAGUGUGAGUCAGUGUGAGAAGUAUGAAUCAGUGUGAGUGAUUUUAAGAUGUGACUGAGUGAAUGAGUUUGAAUCACUGUGUACUGCCAAAGUUGUUUCGUUCCUGGUCGUUUUUGAGAAACAUGAACAAAAUGAAAAAGAAAAAAAAAUAUAUUGACCAAACUGAGUGUAUUUUUCAAAUCUAGUUACUUCUCAGCAAACAUGUAGACCUUCAGAGAAGCUUCUGGACUUUAGUUUAUUGUGGUUGUCCACUGUAGCCUCUCUCUGGAGCACGCGUGGUGCAGUAGUUUGGUGUACUGAGUGUGAUGUUGACACUCUCUUUGCCUCUCCAUAUACUGCUCUCCGAACACUGUGCUGUUGCUAAGCUCCUCCCACAUCACAGCUGCAUAUUACUGCUUUCGUUGUCGUUGUUACUGUUUUGAUUUUAUUAAUCGGUUUGUCACUCAGUCACCGUGCAAAUGAAGAAAUACACCACCCUGCUGAAGACUUAUCCAAGAAAGCUUUAUAAUGGAAAAGGUAGAGUGUCAUGAAUAUUGUCGGAAUUAUAACGGACACCAGAGCGACUUCCCUAACAAUCUUUCCUCCACUGUAAUCCUUGAAGCCUGUCAUGAAACCCUACUCCUUAUAUCAACGAGGGUUUGCAUCACAAAUCCUGGUGAUCCAUGUUAAAAUGUGCCGUUUGUCCUGUUUUAACGUACCUGAGUCAACUCAGGAAUUUCGUUGGGUUUGGUAAUUCGCUGGGAAAGCCUAGAAAGAGGGCCCACAUUCUAAAUCCUGGAAGCCCCCUAAAAUAUAUGCUGUCUUUGUUGUGACCAUUUCUUAUUUGUGGUUUUGAAUGAAUUUGAUUGCACAUGUAUAGUGCUCUAUUAGUUUCUAUCGCUCAAAGCGCACUAUCAACGAAGUGGACAAUGAUGUUCCAGGGUUGCUCAGAUCGGAAAACAUGAGAAGAAUUUAAAUCGUGCAUUCAGGAACGUGUGAUGAGAUGUAGUCUGGUGUCCCUGUAACUGAUCUGAUCUGAUAUUUUUAUGUAAAAUGUACUUAUAUAUGUAUAAUAUCAGCGCUGUGGUUAAAGUACAGUAUUUCACCCGUAGAGUGUGUCGUGCUCCAAUCUGAUUUGUCCUCAUAUUGCUCGUUGUUUUUCUUUUGUGGCCUCUCUGUGAAUCCGCUUUGCAAUAUGUACAGACAUUAUGUAAACACCAUGAACUAACAUUUUAAUAGAAAAUAUAGAUUUUAAAUAAAACCUCAAUAAAAA